AUGAAGAACGAACGCAUCGUCGGCAGUGCCUUAGCAGAGGUCUUACCAGAGACAGACAAGUUCUGGUUCCAGAUUCCUCAUCUGCUUCACUUGAACUGCAUUCUCCUGGUCCCCUUGCUCUCGAGCAGUGUCGCCGGCUACGAUGGGUCUUUGAUGAAUGGCUUGCAGUCUUUGACACAAGUAGGCGAGCUAUCCUCGCGCGAUGUCGGCGAAAGUCUGACAAGCAACAGUGGAAGGAGUACUUCGACAGUCCUGCCGGCGCGCUGCUGGGUCUCGUGAACGCCGCGCAAAGCAUUGGAUCCGUGCUUGCUCUUCCAGUCGUCGGCUCUUUGGCGGAUAGAUUCGGUCGGAAAGCCGUCUUACUGUCUGGCCUGCUCGGGAUCAUCGUCGCGACAAUCCUCCAGGCCACAGCAACGACACUCGCUCAGUUCGUCGUGUCAAGAGCGAUUGUCGGGGCUGCUGGCAUGUUCUCAGCCCAGCCAAGUCCGCUGCUGUUGGCCGAAUUAUCGUAUCCGACUCAUCGAGGGAAGUACACUUCUGCGUACUGGACCCUCUACUACCUGGGCGCGAUCCUGGCUUCAUGGACGACAUUCGGUACCCAAGGGUACGAUUCCACGUGGGCGUGGCGCAUUCCCACGAUCCUCCAGGCCGGCUUUCCAGCAGUACAGCUCGCAUUCUUCUGCUUCUUGCCAGAAUCGCCGAGAUGGUCCGUGAGAAUCCUGCCUCCCAACCCUUCCAUCCCUGCUAAUCUCUUCAGGCUCGUGUCCAAAGAUCGAGAUCAAGAAGCUCUCCGUAUCCUGGCCAGAUACCACGCCGGCGGAGAUGUCCAAAGCCCUUUGGUGCUUCGUGAGAUGGCCGAGAUCGUCGAUACGAUUAAGCUCGAGCAAGAAGCGAAGAGAACAGGUUGGAGCACGCUCGUGGCCACGCCCGGUAACCGGAAGCGACUUUGUAUUGCGGUAGCACUGGGUGCCAUGGCACAGUGGAACGGCAUCGGCGUAGUCUCGUAUUAUCUGACCCUUGUUCUGGACACAGUCGGUAUAACGGAUCCAUUCCUGCAGACCUUGAUCAACGGGCUUCUCCAGGUAUGACAGACAUCUUGCAAGGCUUCCUCUCCGCUUUGAGCUGCUGACACGGCUCCAGAUUUUCAACUUCAUCGUAGCCCUCACAGCAGCGUUCCUCGUCGACCGCCUGGGCCGUCGCACACUCUUCACCUUUUCUGGCGUCGUCAUGCUGCUCUCCUACAUCGUCUGGACGGCUUGCUCAGCUGUCAACGACGCAACAGGCUCCCGGCCAGCUGGAAUCGUUGUCAUUGUCUGCCUCUUCGUCUUCUAUCUCGGCUACGAUUGCGCCUACACCCCACUUCUGAUGUCCUACCCUACCGAGAUUUUCCCGUUCUCGAUACGUUCCAAAGGCCUGACGUGCGAGCUAUUGUCCAUUUACGGAAGCUUGGUCAUAGCAGCUUUCGUCAAUCCAAUUGGCCUGGAUACCAUCGGAUGGCGAUACUACAUUGUCUUCUGUUGCUUUCUGGUAAGCCUUUGCGCGGGGACGCGUGUAGUGAGGCUCGCUGACUUCCUCUCGCAGGCCUUCUUCCUCGCCAUCACCUAUUUUACCUUUCCAGAGACACGUGGACACUCAUUGGAGGAGAUCGCAGAGGUGUUUGAUGGGCCGCGCAUAGCAACAGACGCCGAGAUGCUCGACAGCAAGGCCAAAAAGGAGGAUGACAAAGAGCAUAUUGAAGAGAAGAUCGACGAGGUCUAA